CGUGCGGAGCCGUGCGGAGACGUGCGGAGCCGCGCAGCACACGGCGGGCGGGCGCACGGAGGAGGACCACGGCGCUGCAGCUCCAGAGGAACCUGCGCGACCUGCGUGACCGCUCCGCUCCUUCACCCCCGGAUCACCUCCUACCGGCGCCGCGCAGCCAGCUCCAGCUCCAGGCCCGGGACGCGCUCUGCGGCUCGGGGAGGCGCAGUGUCCGCGGCGGAGCGUCCAGACUGAAUGUCCCAGACGUGCUCCCGGCUGGUCCCCGUUCACCCGCGAGGCCCGAGGAUGGAGACUGAAGCCGACUGAUACCGUCUGCGCCGAGAGGUGAAGCUGAGACAGAUGUGUGCCGGAGUGGAGAGUCCUGGGCCCCUCCCACUGGAGAUCUGACUUCUGACCCUGAGGCCACCAGGGGGCGUCUCUGUGGAAGAUGCUGGGUUCGGAGCGUGGGGUGGUGGAAGAAUGGCUCUCAGAAUUCAAGUCUCUUCCAGAGACUCAAGUCUCCAGUUACGCGUCCGGCCUCCAACACAAGAAAACCCUGGUGCCGGCGAUUUACAGAGUCAUACAAGACCCCAACAACGAGCUGUUGGAGCCCGUGUGUCACCAGCUGUUCGAGUUGUACCGCAGCUCGGAGGAACAUCUGCGUCGCUUCACUCUGCAGUUCCUCCCCGAGCUGGUGUGGGUGUACCUCCGGCUCACGGCCAGCAGGGACCGCCAGAGCAACGGCUGCAUCGAGGCCCUGCUCCUGGGCAUCUACAACCUGGAGAUCGUGGACAAAGAUGGAAACAGCAGACUCCUGUCCUUCACCAUCCCCUCUCUGUCCAAACCCUCCAUUUACCAUGAGCCGUCCAGCCUGGGCUCCAUGGCUCUGACAGAGGGGGCGCUGUGUCAACACGACCUGAUCCGAGUGGUGUACAGCGGCCUGCACCCGCAGAGGGAGACCUUCACCGCUCAGAACAGAUUUGAAGUGCUGUGCUUCCUGAUGCUGUGUUAUAACUCUGCCGUGGUCUACAUGCCCCUCUCCUCGUACCAGUCUGUCUGCAGGAUGAGCUCACGGCUGAGUGUGUGUGGCUUCCCUCGGCAGCAGCAGAAGCUCUGGAGGGAGCCGUGUAACCGAGUCCUGCUCGACCCGGAGUUCAUGGUGCAGAUGCUCACCGCCGUCUAUCACUCCAUAUAUAACGGAGAGUGGGAGAUGGGACGAGAGGCUCUGGAGGACAUCCUGUACAGAGCUCAGCUGGAGCUCUACUCACAGCCUCUGCUGCUGGGGAACGCCAUGAAGAGCUCCCUCCCGGACAGCGCCCCGGACGACCCGCGGGGGCGUAAGGUCCUGCAGGUGGAGGUGACCCCGACCGUCAGCCGCAUCUCCAUCUCCGCCAUCACCACCGCCUCCAUACGGCGCCACCGCUGGAAGAGAGAGGAGGCCGACGGGAUGAGCGGUGGAGAAGACUCCUUCAACAUAAACGACCCAGACGAGGGCUUCUCCUCCGGGGCGUCCAACAGCAGCCAGCCCAGCGCCACCAAGUCCAGCUCCAGAGCCGCUCAGAAGGGGAGCAGCAGCUUCAAGAAGGCCAUCAGCGCCCGACUGACCCGCGACAAGGAGCGAGACCACGACAAGGACAGAGAGAAGGAGCGGGAGAAGGAGCGGGAGAAGGAGGAGCGGGAGAAGGAGAGGGAGAAGGAGAGGGAGCGGGAGAAGGAGGAGUCCGCUCAGAGGAGACACCAGAGGCUGCAGACCCCUCCCGGCAGCAUCGACGUGGACACCAUCCAGCUGAGCCCCAUCAAAAAGCACCUGAGCUUCCCCGCGGGGCUGGUACGGACGGGCAGCACCUCCUCCAGUAAGUCCUUCGACUGCAUGAGCCUCAAGCUGAACGGAGGAGCGGAGGAGCGCGGGCAGGCGGCCGGGGGCUCCGACAGGGACGUGGGCUUAGCCAGCGGAGGCUCCCACCGUCAUUCCACCGUCAGCCUGCAGGAGGAGCACCUGGGCCGGCCCGAGGACCAGGAACUGCUGUCCCCCGGGGCCCCUCUGACCAAACAGUCCCGCUCCCCCAGCUUCAACAUGCAGAUCAUAUCACAGGUCUGAGGAUUUCUGAGAAGAUCUAAGAAGCUCUGAGGGAGCAGGGAUGCACUCACCAGACUGGACUGUAACCCACAGGCUCCUCGGUCAUAACCAAGUCCACACAUAUACAGUCCACACUAAGGAGACGUCAUUCUGUUUAGUUUGUAGUUUUGUAAUCACCAAACUUUUUGUUUGUUUGUUUGUUUUUCUGCUCCUUCUUAGCACUAAAAACAUGUGAUUUAAAUUUUCCCAGGAUUGUUACGUCAUAGGUAAAAAAAAAAAACAAAAAAAACUUCUGAGGACUCCUGCGCAGAUUUAGUCCAAAAAUCUAAAUCUGUGCAUUUUCUACGUGAAAUGGCGUUCACUACAACUGCAUGCUUGUGUCAGCAUGUCAGAAACGUUACUAACUCUAGUUGUCGCACUUAUUUAACAGUAAUUAAUACCCAAAUAGGUUUUAUACGGACUACAAAGCUGUUUAAAAGCCUCCAGUGAAGACGAACAUAAAACAUUUUACGCAAAACAACUUUCGAUCAAAUGUUAGUUCUCUUCUUUUCUUUUCUUUACUUCUCCGUCAAAAUGAAUGAGCAGGAAAAAUACAUUAAGAACCAAAAAAAAGUGAACUUACUCUGAAUAUUUGACCUGAAUAUUCACCCAUUUACCGUAAAUUCCGGACUAUAAGCCGCUACUUUUUUUCCUCACACUUUGAACCCUGUGACGAAUAAAACGAUACGGCGAAUAUACGGACUUAUUCUUUGUUUGGCACAUUGUCCGUUCAUAUUUACGGUCUACGCGCGGCGCAGAAAACGUCGCUGUCUGUGCUUCAAUAGUUUAUCUCUGUGUGAGAAAAUAAGUUCUGAUGGUAAAUGAACAUGGGUGAGGGGGACACGUUUCACCCGCGUGCGUAAAGGACGAGAAGUAACAUCUCAAACUUCAGUAGCCACACGUCCACCCGCACCUGUCCCCGCCCCCGAGAGGGUCUGAAAUCUGCUGAAAUCCUCUGAGACUCUGACACGACGCCAGACAGAACAGAGACUCUUUCUGCAGGAGACAUGAGCAGUAGAGCGCGAGGAGAGAGGAGAAAAGAAAGAUGCUCGUUUGAUUGUGUUUUGAACAGUUAUUUUGCGCUUCACACACACACACGCUUCACAUAAAAACACACGAAGAAAUGCAGAUGACGCAGAUUUUAAAUUUAAGACGACUGACGUGUCCGUGGAAGAAGGAAACAGAGCUGCUGCUGCACGACGGUGAGGUUUUGGCGACGGCAGCGUGAGGAACGAGCCCGGCUGGCGUCACCUUGUGCCUCCGCUCAGUUUCAUUUCUCUCCAGCGACUAGAUCAGGAAUCAGAAAACACUAGACCAGCGGUGUCCAAACCUUUUUUCAUCAAGGGCCACAAAUCUGAACCCAGACGAAGCAGAGAGUCGAUCGAGGGUCGUAGCCUGGAGCUAAAUACAGUGAAUAAUUUAUCACAUUAGAAUGAGCCUCAGUCUUUAUUUAUGCUAAGAUCCUUAAAACCACAAACUAAAUAUUUAAUGCUGGCUUUAUCAAGGUAAAUUUAAAAAAAAGAAGUAAAUUUUUCAUUGAUGCAAUGUAAUUUGGGCCAAUUCUCCUGGAAGCGUGAGGGUCAAGAAAAAAUUGUCCGAGGGCCGCAUUUGGACCACGGGCCAUAGUUUGGACAUGCCUGCACUAGACGAUUCGCAAAAACCCCAGAAGUGCGAGUUCGGGCACCGAGGAUAUAAAGUCGGAACAAAGAGAAUGUUUGGUGAAUUUUAUCAAGAGGAAAGACGUUAUUGUCCUUCUUCCUACGGGAUUUGCAUACGUGACGACCAAAUAGCAGCGACUGGUUAAAUGACUGUCUGAUUGUGUUUAAAAAAAAAACGUAGAGCGAACAAAUUUUAACACUGCGAGGUCACACGGUUUCUACGAAGUGAAACCGGCUGAUAAAUCGAACUGACUCAACGCAAAACGACGACAAAAGCAGACGGUUCAAAGUUGAAAACGUGGACACCUGCGGCUUAUAUUCCGCUGCGACCGAUUAAUGGACAGUUUUUUUAUUUAGUUCAUAUUUAUUUAUAUUCAGGUGCGCUCGAUAGUCCGGAAAUUACGGUAAAAUCAAAAUCUGGAGGCUGUUCAAAUCCCCAAAAUCCGCAGAACGUUCUCACCUUAAACCCCUGUAUAUGUGUGGACUUGUUUUACUUCGUGGGUCCUUUUAAAGCCAUUCUAAGUUGUGACGGUCGACCCUUUUCCCCCGUAAACCUAAACCGACCCCGGACCGGCCCCGGACCGGCCCCGGACCGACCCCGGACCGACCCCGGACCGGCCCC